UGUGCCAGCCCAUCCUUCAUCUCUAUGCCCCUAAACUUGAACUUACCACAGAGACCUCUACCCAACUUUGGAUAUUUUUCCGCGUUAACCUGCAACAUUCAGUUACUCGUUGUUUUGGGAUUUAGAUUGUAAGUUGUAACAGAAACAAAGGCGUCUGGCCCUUAAAUCCCUCGUUUAAAAGGGAACCUUUCUUUUGCCAAAGGGUUUCACUUGCAAAUUUUGCAAUUGCGAAGGCUUAGUUAGGAAAGAAGUAGAAGAAGAAGAAAGAGAUAUGGCUUGUUUAGUUGCUCGAACGGGAAGGGAGUUGCAGAGGUACAACAUGGGCCGCCGACAAGUCGUAGGGUGCAUACCUUAUAGAUACAAAAAUGGCAUUGAUGGUACCGUGAGCAAUGAAUUGGAGUUCCUUGUGAUUACUUCACAGAAAGGCAAUGCAUUCAUGUUCCCUAAGGGUGGUUGGGAACUUGAUGAAUCUGUAGAAGAAGCUGCUUCACGAGAGUCGCUAGAAGAAGCAGGUGUUCUUGGAAAUGUUGAGUGUCAGUUGGGACAAUGGAGUUUCAUGAGCAAAAGCCAUGACACGUAUUAUGAAGGCUACAUGUUCCCAUUGUUUGUCAAGGAGCAACUGGAUCUCUGGCCAGAGAAGAACGUACGACAACGCAUUUGGCUGACUGCUGCCAAAGCUAGAGAAGCUUGUCAACAUUGGUGGAUGAAGGAAGCCUUGGACAUUUUGGUCGAGCGGCUUACCUCAGAACAGAAACAAAAGGAUGAAGAAGUCUAGUAUCGGGUUGUUCUUUGGGCUAAGUAACAGAGAUCAACCCCUAUUGUUUUGUACAUAAUCGACACUUGCUUAGAGAAUCAAGCCAAAAGGAGAGAGAGAAAAAAAAGAAAAGAAAUGACAGUACAGCUUAGAGAUGUUUCCAGUCAACCAGAAAAACUGGUUGUAGAGUAAACUUCAGGCAUACACAAGUGUAAAGCAACCUGUAGUUUAUAGUUUGUUGCUGUCGUUGAUAUUUAGUACUGUUGCCCCUUUUUGUAAUUCUCAUCUCUUCUGAUGAGAAAGCAAAUUGGUGGUGUUGGGAGAAGUAGAAGAAAAAAAUCUGAUGUUAUUUGUAUAUUUAUUUCUCUUCCUGAAUUCAGUGCAUGGAUUUUGUUUGAAAUAAUUGA